AUGGCUCUGUGGAAACGACCUGAAAGCGUUCCUCCGAAAAUCUGGAUUAGAGAAAAAGGUUUUGUGGUGCGCGACAUCACCCCUGAUCUUGACCAAUUUGUUCUGGAUUUCAUGGUGGAUAACCUUUGUCGUGAUGCUCCUUUGUCAAAAAGCACCGAGCUUUACAAAGACCAGGCCUCCCUGGAUGACAUGGUGUGGAUUUGGCGUGACCUUUCGCUCCCCCAAAGGGUGUCCUUGGUAGCCCUGGCUGAAGGUACGCCAGGGGCCGACAUGAAGAAUGUCGGUCCUGAAAAUCCACCGAUAAUUCUCGGGGCCAAUAUGCUGAGCGUGUCAUCGAAAGGCGACCCUGACCUUCCCAUACUUGAAAUGAUCAAAGGCCACGCAAUUAAGAAAGUCUUCGAACACACUGAAAAGUUUGGCAAGGAUGUAAAUGUUUUUGAACAAUUCCACGUGGAUCACUACAUGGACGCGUUGGGCCUUUCGGUUGGAAGAGAAAACCGAGGGCGCGGUCUCGGAGAAUUGCUCCUUCGAGCCCGGCUGGAGCUGUGCAGAGGGCUCGGAAUUCCGCUGACCAAAACAUCCUUCACAGCAGCGGCGUCCCAGAAAUUAGCUGCAAGGGUUGGUUUCGAGGUUGUCAAAGAAAUGUCUUAUUCGGAGAUGACAGACGAGGAUGGCAAGCCCGAAUUUCCUGACUUGUGCGACGGAGUCCAAACAAUGCAGCUUUGCAUUUGCAGGGUAUGA